AUGGAUCAGUUUAUGCUCAACGGACGCAAUGCGCUUGUCACUGGUGGGAACCAAGGCAUUGGACUUGCUCUGGCCAUUGGUCUAGCUCGAAUGGGAGCGAACAUCAUAGUAUUCGAUAUUGCACCGCCAUCAGCAGAGUUCGAACAGAUCUCAGGAGCCUGGGGAGUGCGCACGGCGUACCGUAAGGUGGACGUCUCAUCUGUGUCAGAAUUGAAAGCAGGCUUUCAGGACACGGUUAAGCCAUUUUGCCGCGACGAUGGGCUGGAUAUAUGCAUUGCAGCCGCGGGAAUCAACCAGCUCAAAGAUUUCACUGAUACAGAAGAGAGGGACUUUGAUCGGCUGCUCAGUGUCAAUGUCAAGGGAGUGUAUUUCACUUGCCAGCUUGCCGUAGAGGCAAUGAUCAGCCCCGAAAGUGAAAGCAAGGCUGGAACGGGCGGGAGGGCAAGCAAAAGCAUCAUUGUGAUCGCCAGCACGGCAGCUCAGGUAGCAGUGAAGACUCACAAUUCAAGUGUGUAUGCUCUAAGCAAGUCAGCAGUACGGGGAAUGGUACCCGAGCUCGCGAAGGAACUAGGACCACGUGGAAUUAGGAUCAACUCGAUCAGCCCAGGAUAUACUCUGACAGCUAUGACAGCGGGAUAUCCUGAUAUCGUCAAGCAGUGGGAGAAUGACACAAUGCUGGGCGUGAUUGGCGUACCUGAAGACUAUAUCGGCGCUGCAAUCUACCUGGCAAGUGGUGCCAGCAGGUACGUUACCGGUCAGGAUUUCUUGGUUGAUGGCGGAAUGACAAAGUGGUGA